ACUACCUGUAGGUACUUGUAAGGUAUCGAGACCCGAGCCUGAUGAUGUCUUGGACCCUAACCCUACCCUGUGGCGCUCCAGCGGCGCCCAGCGCCAGGCCUGAAAGGGCUUCGUGCACUUCCAGUUUUACGAACUCUUCAGUUCAGUUCGCAUACACAACAAUGUCGACCGCAACGCAACUGUCACCAUAACUCUGGAGGAAGCUUCCAUCCGAACUCAUCCAGGAAGUCCUGAACCAUUUCGUCGACGACCUCCUCGGCGAUCAUGACAUGGACUGGAUCUCCGAGGACGAGAUCGACAAUGGCGAACUACCCCAGCUGUUGGACCCAUGGAUGAAGUACCGCCACAUCCCGGUUUUCAGCGGCCAGAAGCGUCGCAUUGAGCGCCACUACCGCGACCACUUGCUCAGCAGGAUCACGAUUUACCUGUACCUGGACCCAAACAUGUACAGUACCUCGCGGAGGAUGUUGUACUGUCGGUAUCUCUCCUGCCCCGAGGGAAAGGAUCUUGCAACCACGCUGCCGGAAGUGAAAGUCAAGGAGGGCGGGGAUGGUGAUGCGGACGCAGAGGAGAAGGUCACGUUCUUUCUACGGGGUCCGGUGCGGUCAGCUCGCGCAAACUCGUACGGAGAGACGUCGAAGCGAGAAUUUGGCAAUGUACCGGAGAUUCUACCUCGUGUUGAGAACUCGUGGGGGAAGGUGUUGAAGGGGAAGACUGAACGACUCGGCCUAGCGUUUCGCAACAAGGAGCAGACUCUUGAGUCGGGACCCGAGGAUGAUUUGUGGACAAGCGAAAGCGAAGUCGUCCUGAAGGGUCUGGAGGUGUUGGACGAUGGUCGGCGGGUGCAGUUCAACUGGAAAAAGCUGAUGAGCAAGUUCUUGUCGAAGUUCGGAUCGUAUAACGGGUACAAUUACGUUCCGGAACCGGGAAUGGAAGUGAGCGAGGAUGGGGAUGAUUGGGAUGAUGAUCGCGAUGGGCUGGAUUGAGGGAAUUGACAGGAACUAUUAGGGAGGGGACUUCCAGGAUGGUGAGGAUGAAAGAGAGUCACCAGGGGAGGAAAACGGGCAUAGGGAGGCUGUGAGGGUGCGUAUGGAAGCCAUUGCGUAGGAAUAUGGGACGGUUGCAACGAAUGUACAAGGGGGAGUGGUGGCUUGCAUGCCAGGCGGCAGCCUUUCUCGUGAGAACACGUCAUCAUGACGGCUAAGUACCUAGAGGUAUUUAUCGCACGAGGUAUCUGCUCCGUUCCCUUCAUUGAUGUUAUU